AUGGCCGCCGCAAAAGUCGUCGAGAGAGGAGCGCCUGCCACCACCACGGCAGCCUUUCCACCGCCCGCUGCCGAAGACGCCGCACAAGAAGCGCGCGAGGAAGAGACCACGACGUCACGGAAGGAUGGCGGCGAGCCGCUAGGACUGGCGGAGGAGCUCGGCGAAACAGAGCACCAACGCUCCUGCUUGGAGCGUCCGCCCAGAACCAGCAGCUCCUCCUGGGAGGGAACAGGGGAGGAAGAACCCACCGUCUUGGGAUGGAUAGGAGGCGCGGGCGCCGUUUUGGUGGCCGCCGGAUUCGGGAUGAACUCCGGCGCGGGGCUGGUGGGAGGUGAGACGGUGGGGGAGGGAGAGGAGGGGUCGGGAGCCCACAUCCUCAGGACUGGCACACGGUUUGAUAUCCUUAUUGACAAUGCUACAUGGAAUGGCAGCCAGCGCUACACCCCCAAGUACCUUUCUGCAGAGGUUGUGAAGAGGCUGGUGCAGGGGCCAGGCCAACACGAUUUCUCGCUUGUUGCCACACCAGAUGCCACGCUUCCUCCAAUCCUGAAUGCAUUUGAGAUAUAUUCAGUAAAGACGAUGAAUGGGGUCAUGACAGAUGAUGCAGAAGCCAAGGCCAUGAUGACAAUUCGCACAAACUAUGCACUGAAGAAAAAUUGGAUGGGUGAUCCUUGUGCACCAAAAGAGUUUGCUUGGGAUGGCUUGAACUGUAGCUACCCUUCAACUGGUCCUGCACGGGUAACAGUCCUGCGCUUAGCAUCUAGUGGUUUGACCGGUGCCAUUGAUUCAUCAUUUGGAGAUCUCAAAUCCCUUCAAUAUUUGGACCUGUCCAAUAACAGCCUAUCUGGUCCAGUACCUGCUUUUCUAGCACAAAUGCCAUCACUCACCUUUCUUGAUUUGUCAAGCAAUAACUUCAGCGGUUCAGUACCUGCAGAUCUACUAGAAAAGGGCCAAAAUGGAUCUCUUGUAUUAAGGAUCGGUAACAAUGCCAAUCUGUGUGAGAAUGGUGCUUCUAACUGCGACAUGGAGGAAAGCAACAGGACACUUGUCAUUGAAAUAGUUGUUCCAAUAGCAGUAGCGACUAUACCAUUUGUGACAGCAUUUCUAAUCGCUCAUAGAAUCAGAAAGCCACAAGGUAAAUGGAUGGAUAACAAUUCAAGGCUUAGUAGCCCUCGAGACAGAUCGGACGUAUUUGACCACAGACAGUUCACCUACAAGGAGCUGAAGCUCAUGACAGCAAACUUCAGGGAAGAGAGAGGGCGAGGAGGGUUCGGUCCUGUAUUUAAAGGCUACUUAGAUAAUGAAACUCCAGUUGCUGUCAAGAUGCGUUCACAAACAUCUUCUCAAGGGAAUAAAGAAUUUUUAGCUGAGACCUGCUACAACCAGUAUGUUGUAAUACCUAUCACAGGAGAGGCCUUUGGUGCUACAGCCCUCACUUGGCAUCAGCGUCUCAAGAUUGCCUCGACUCUGCACAUGCUGCUGCAUGUUAAUGCAGGACUAGAGUACCUUCAUAAGUCAUGCCAACCACCACUGAUCCAUAGGGACGUGAAAACUAAGAAUAUUCUUCUAUCUGCCAAUCUCGUUGCUAAGAUUGCUGACUUUGGGUUGAUGAAAGCAUUUGCAGAUGAGUUUAGGACCCAUGUUACCACCCAGCCCGCAGGUACCCUGGGAUACCUGGACCCUGAAUACUACAAUACAUCCCAGCUUAGUGAAAAGAGUGACGUGUACAGCUUUGGAGUUGUGCUACUAGAGUUAAUAACUGGCCAGCCAUCGUCAAUCCCUGUCAGUAACACCGAGAGCAUCCAUAUUGCACAAUGGGUGCGCCAGAAGCUCUCAGAGGGUGACAUUACAGGCAUUGCUGACCCGAGGAUGGCAGGGGAGUAUGAUUGCAAAGAACAGCCAUCACGGAAACGACCAACAAUGACUGACAUUGUCAUGGAGCUGAAAGAGUGUUUAGAGCUGGAGGUAGCUCAUGCCAUGAGCUAUGACAGCUCAGUACCCAGCAGUGCAAACAACCUCAGUGCAACAAGUGGUGACUUGCACAAUGAUGCUCAAGCAAGUUAUCAUCUGGGACAGCAAAUUGUGCCUGAGCUGGAGCAAGUUGGUGAAGCUUCAGCAUCUCACGUAGGUCCAACACCAAGAUGA